GCAGUGAAGAUGUGGACAAUUGUUGGAGUCCUCUACCUGUGCAUACUUAGAUCAGCAACCUGCAGCUAUAGAGAGGCUCAGUGCAGCUGGAGAAAAAGUGGGCUUUCCUUGGAAGCGAGAUCGGUGGAGCAGGUCACUUUGCGCUGCACAGAAGGCACCGUGGAAUGGUUAUACCCAAUGGGAGCCCUGCGUCUCAGUUUGGUGCCACGUCCACCAAUCACCGUGCCCGCUGCUGAGCCCAGGCUCCUGACUGCUUGCAUCAAGCCCACCGCAUCCUUCCGCGGUGCCCAGCUGUAUCUGGAGAGAGAAGGGGUGCUGGAAUUGCUGCUGUCUGAGGCCGAGCCAGCCAUACGGCCUAGGGUUCAUUGCUUCAGUUGGCAGCCCCACCAGAAGGUGGCGCUGUUCCUGCAAGCCAUCCCACAUCAAGACAUCAGCCGCCGUAUUGCUGCGUUCCGUUAUGAACUGAGGGCAGACUGGGAUGGGCGGCUUGCCCUUCCUCUAAGCAAGUUAAACAUGGAAGGUGUCUGCCGACCGUGUAACGAUACAGAAAUCCUGAUGGCUGUUUGCACUAGUGACUUUGUUGUUCGUGGCAACAUCCGUGCGGUAGAAAACGAUGCCGAGCUGCAGGAGUCUGUGAUUGGGAUCAGCGCCACCCGGGUCCACCGUCAAAAAUUCACACUCUUCCAGCCUCGCGGACACUCUGUAAAAUCAUUGGGAGAUAUUCGGACUCCUCUGAGCUGUGGGGUGAAAACCGGACCUGGCAGUUUCCUCUUCAUGGGCUGGGUACAUUUUGGAGAUGCAUGGCUGGGCUGUGCCCCUCGUUACAAGGACUUUAAACGAAUAUAUGAAAGAGCAUUACAGGCCCAUGAAAACCCAUGUGAGAUUGCACUGGAUUAA